UCCAUUUCAGCCAGUUAGUCACGUCGAAACAAAAUUUCCUAGUUGCUGUGGUCCCCUCAAAAUUUCCUGCCAUUGAUAUGUGAUGGUGCUUUGUUGCAAACUAGCAGCCAGCUUGUUUGCACGGUCACCACAGAGAAGCUUGAGGCUUACCUCUUGUGUGGGAUUGCAGCAUGAAUCACAGUCGUAGCUAAAGUUCUAAACAUCCAGCGCCAAAGGUACGCAAGCUUCUUCCCCUCCCAGAGUUUGACGAACUCUUCUUCCAGCCAUGGGUGCUACACCACAAGAUCAAACCGCACACGUUGUUCUCGUCCCAUACCCGGCUCAGGGUCACAUUCCACCGAUGAUCCAUCUCGCCCGAAAGCUAGCUGCCAACGAGAUCAUCGUCACGCUGGUUAACGUGGACAGCGUCCACAAGAUGCUCCUCAAGCAAUGGAGCUGCCCACCGGGAUCGGACAUCCGGCUGGAGCAAGUCGAGUGCGGCCUCAAGCUCCCGGCCGGGGUGGACGCGUCGUGCCUCGAGAACCCGGAAGCUCUCUUCGACGCAGUUGACAGCCUCAAAGCUCCGGUGGAGGAGCUCGUACGUGAGCUCACGCCAACUCCUUGUUGCAUCAUUGCCGACUUCUUCCUUGGCUGGCCCCUCGAGCUGGCCAGGACGUUAGGCACCGGUUGCGCAAUCUACUGGCCUGGAAACGCAGCAUGGAGCUCACUCCACCACCAUAUGAAGCUGCUCGAGGCCCACGGCGAUCUCUUCUGCCAAGGCAAGCCAAAGUUCUUGUCAGUAGUAGUCAACCAAGUUUGUGAAAUCCAUGCAGGAGAGAGGGAGGAGGACAGGAUCAUCACGUACAUCCCUGGAGUUCCCGGUCUGGAGUACGGUGAUCUUCCGGAGUACUUCAAGCGAAAGCUCGGGACCCCCAGUCGCCGGCUUCUCUUCGACUACGACCAGGAUCGCAUGAAGCACUGCGAGUGGAUCCUCGUCAACAGCAUGGCGGAGCUGGAGCCCGAGACGUUCCACGCGAUGCAAGCGGCGCUGCCAGCCAGCAAGUUCGCGGCGAUCGGGCCACUCUUCCCAGUCUCCCACCACGAAUCGCCAGCAGCGCUCAAGGGAGUGAGCCUCCGAGACGAGGAGGAUGGCUGCCUCAAGUGGCUCGACACGCGCGCCGAGAGCUCCGUGCUCUACGUCUCGUUCGGGAGCAUCAGCGUUCUCUCGGAGGAUACGUUCCAGGAGAUCGCCGCGGGGCUGGAGGCUAGCGAGCAGGCGUUUCUCUGGGUGAAUCGCGAGGAUCUGGUGAAGAGGAGCGCCACUCACGACGAGUUCUACGCGGGGUUUCUGGAGAGGACGCGCGAGCAAGGAAUGGUCGUGUCGUGGGCGCCGCAAGUCCGAGUGCUAGCGCACUCCUCCAUCGGAGGAUUUCUCUCGCACUGCGGCUGGAACUCGACGCUGGAGAGCAUCUGCUAUGGCGUGCCACUGCUGGGAUGGCCGUGCCACUCGGAGCAAAGGACCAACGCCAAGCUGGUGGAAGAGGACUGGCGAGUGGGGAAGAGACUGUGGCGGCGAGGCGACGGCGGCACGGUGACCCGGGGUGUCGUGGAGCAGCGGAUCACUGAAUUCAUGAGUGGAAUGGACAAGGAGGAGAUAUGGGCGAGAGCGAAAGAUCUCAAGAAUGUGGCCCGCGCUACUGCCAAUCCAGGCGGGAACUCCCACGAGAAUCUGGCAGCGUUUGCGCGAGCAGUGAAGACGAUGACGAUGGGAGACUAACAGCGAAGCCUCUGCCACAGGGCAUCUUCUCUGUCUGGGAUAGCUCCUCUUUCCUCCAUAAACCCUAAUCUAUGAGACAUGAGCUUUA